AAAGACUCACAGCCAAGCUUCCGCCCGGUCAGCAGCUGCGCAGAUGCCCACGAACCUCCCCGCGGGCACGGAGGAGGCGGGCGCGGAGGACUCGGCCGCCGGCGGGGCCGGGCGCCCUCUCGGGUCGGGCUCGGGGCGCAGGAGCCGCGGGCGGAGGAGGAGCCGCGGGCCGCGCGCCUCGGCGCUUCCGGGGCAGCGGCCGGCCGGCGGCACUUCCCGUGGGCUGGCGGCGCGCACCGCGCCGGAGCCCACGCCCCGCACCGGCCGCACCGUGACGGCGCCCCGCGCACCCAGGCGCAGUCUCCUCGCCUCCUUCUCUGCUGUGAGCAGCCUCUCCCUCUGCACUUCUGACGGCCUUUGUGACGGUGUUUCAGCAAGAACAGGGCUUUACUUAGGGUUAAGGGCCUAUGGAGGGAUCCCUUCCACAGUCAUUUCACAAAACCUCUACCAUGGGCUGGGCAUCGUGUGACACUACUGAGCAGGACAGAGUCAGCCCUCGUCCCCAACCUGGAGACACUGGGAACCCCACACACACUGACAUGUGCAGCUGAGAGAGAGGAGAAUGGCCUGCACACUCCUUGAGCUGACACACCUAACCCAGGAGCCACGGAGGCAUUUACACGGGAAGUUCCUACUAUGAGCUGCCUGCCAGCCGCCCUUCCCCAGAUCCCGAAUGCACCCCUGGCCGGGUGGUGCAGAGAACAGUCACUCUGCUGGUCAUGCUGAGCUCAUACUCUGAUGGCUGUUCCAUGAGGUCAAGACUGGGUCCCCUCCCUUCUUGCACUUUACCAAUGCCUGGUCUCAUGGGGUUAGUUUGGAGCCCACCACUAUGGCAUCGUCAACCUCCUCCCCGGCUCCUCACUCCAGGUCCAAGAAGCCUCUGGGCAAGAUGGCUGACUGGUUCAGGCAGGCCCUGUCGAAGAAGCCCACGAAGACGCCCGUCUCCCCAGAAAGCCCCCCCGGUGACGUUUCACAGCCGAGCUCAUCGAACAGCCCCCCACCCGUGGGCCCCAGCUCGGAAGCGUCUCCCAGCCCGCCACCCACACACAUGGGCGCGGACGGCAGCAGCAGUGGCAGCAGCAGUGGCAGCAGCAGCGGCCGCUGGAGCAAGGACUAUGAUGUGUGUGUGUGCCACAGCGAGGAGGACCUGGCGGCCGCACAGGAGCUGGUCUCCUACCUGGAGGGCAGCGCCGCCAGCCUGCGCUGCUUCCUGCAGCUUCGCGACGCGACCCCCGGCGGCGCCAUCGUGUCCGAGCUGUGCCAGGCGCUGAGCAGCAGCCACUGCCGCGUGCUGCUCAUCACCCCCGGCUUCCUCCGGGACCCGUGGUGCAAGUACCAGAUGCUGCAGGCGCUGAGCGAGGCCCCCGGGGCGGAGGGCCGCACCAUCCCCCUGAUGUCAGGCCUCAGCAGAGACGCCUACCCCGCCGAGCUCCGAUACAUGUACUUCGUGGACGGCCGGGGUCCCGACGGUGGCUUUCGCCAAGUCAAGGAGGCUGUCGUGCGGUAUCUGCAGACUCUCAGCUGACACCACGGGACCCAGACAGUUGGAGCAAAGCUGGAAAUGGAGUUAGAGGGCCCAGGGCCUUGGAUUCCAGCAGAUGUGCCGAGUUGUAAAGAGCGAGUUUGCAGCAUGUUGUAUGUGUCCCUGGGAUCAGAUUAUCUGUGGCCUCCCAGGAAGACCCGGGGGAAGUUGGGGACUCCCCCAGGAAGGCCUGAGGAAGCUGGGGACUCCCCCAGGAAGGCUGUGAGUGAGCUGGGGACUCCCCCAGGAAGGCCUGGGGAGGCCAGAAAGCGGAGGUGGGAGGAAGUGCUCAUACCCAGACAUCGCCCGUGUGUUGUCUCCUGCUUGAUUGGACAUGAAGUGAAGCCUGUAUCCUCUUCCCCUGGAACCGGACACUGGUGUCAAUGUGCAUUCCUCCCGAAGAGGUGACUCAGCUGAGUAAGGCGCUUGAAGCCUGGACUGCUCGCCUCAGCUGGGUGGUUUUCCCCGUUGCCUGGGAAGCCCUGAACAGGCGUCAGGAGAAAGCAACAGGUAUGGCAUCUUUCACACUCAUACUCCUGCCGGGGUCUCCCAGUGACAUCGCUCACUUCCGAAAGCUGCGUGGAAGAUGCCUUCAGCACUAUCCUGUAUUUGUUUUCACUGCAUGCCUGUCAUUAAAGACUUACACCUAGAAACCAUUCUGAAUAGACAGGAGAGGGAAGGGAGCAGAUGGGAUGAAGAGAAGGAAAGCUCAGACCCUUUAGCUGGGAUCAAAAGCCCACCUACCGAUGCUUUGACAUAUGGGGGCCUCAUCAGGGGUCUGCCCAGAACUCAUGCUUUUACAGUAGCUCCUUCACCUCUGCACUCAGAGGAAACAGCAGAUGACUGUCUACCUUAUAGAUGACUGUCUACCUUGUAGGACAGGCAGAAUUGCAUUCAUCUGUUCUCAGUAAAACCUGGUUGUUGAACUGAAAUGAAUUUAUUAUUCCCUUGAUGUGUACUUUUGUGUCUCUUCUCCCACUUCCCCCAUCACAUCUCCUCCUUUUACUGAAAAAAAUGUAUAUAUAUAUAUAUUUUUGAGAUAUAGUUGACGUAUAACAUAUUAGUUUCAAGUGUACAUGAUUCACUAUUUGUAUAUAUUGUGAAAAAAAUUUGAUUUUUAAUUACAAAUCAUCUUAUUACAUACAAAAGGACUAAAGGAUAAUAUAAUAUAUACUCAUGUACUCAACACCCAGCUUGGAAGCCAAACCUUACAAUCCCCAUGGUGCUCCCUUUGUGCCCUUCAUUGCAUUGUCCUCCCUACUCCCACCACAAGUAACCACUAUUCUGAAUUUUGAAUUUAUCAUUCUUAGCUUUUCUCUAGAAAUUUAUUACAUAUGUAUGCAUUCCUGACAACGUACUAACUUUUACAUGGUUUUAUACUUUACGUACAUGGUGUUAUGUUUAUAUUCUGCAAAUUCCUUUUUCUUUUUUUUUUUUUCCAUAUAUUUGUAAGAUGUAUUCACAUUGAUUCAUGGAACUCCAGUAAAUUCACUUUCAUUCCGUUAUGUAAAUAUAUCACUAUUUAGUUGCACAUUGUUUUACAAAUGGACAUUUGGUUGUUUCCAGUUUUUUGCUAUUGAAAACAUUGAGCCUAUGAGCAUUUUUAUUCUGUAUAUGUUUCCAAGAGCAAGAUUUUCUAGGAUUUAACCUAGAUGGGGAAUAGCUGGGUAGUCGAGAAUAUGUACCUUCAGUUUUGGUAGAAGAUACCGUUUUCUUCCAAAUUGGUUGUGCCAAUUUAUGUUCCUACCAUUUGUGUAUAAGAGUUGCCACUUUUCAUGUUCUUGCUAACAUUUAGAAUUAUCAGAUUUGUUUAAUUUAAUUUUUUAUUUUUUUGCCACGCUACAUGGCUUGUGGGAUCUUAGUUCCCUGACCAGGGAUUGAACCCAGGCCCCAGAAGUGAAAUUACCGAGUCCUAAUCACUGGACUGCCAGGGAAUUCCCUGAAUUAGCAGUUUUUUCAACUGUUUGAUAAUCUGGUGGGUGAACACUGGUAUCCUAUUGUCAUAGUAUUUUUUCCCUUUUGCCUUUUUUAUAAAAAAAUAUAUCAUACACUAAAAGGAAGGCGGAAGUUUGAUGAAUCACCAUAAACCUAUCACCCCGUUUCAACAAUUACCAACUCAGAGAUAAGCUUCUAUUAACAAUCACCCUACCCAGAAGUCACCCACAGAUCAUUGUGAAGCAAAUCCCAGGUCUUAUUUUAUUUCUGAAUAUUUAAGUAUGUCUCUAAAUUAUUAGAAGUUUUUUAAAAAAUAUAACUACAAUAUAACAGUAUCUUUUAAAGAACUUUUAUUUUUUAAUAUAAAAACUUUUAUCUCUUACUUUGUAGUCUUUGGUUUUUGUGUCUUCUUUAGGAAGUUUCCCCUACUCCUGUAUUUUCUUCUGGAAGUAUUUCACAUUUAGGUAUUUAAUCUGCCUGGAUGUUUUGUUUGGGUUUGUUUUUGUUGCUCUUGGUUUAUAGGUCAGCGAUCCCUUUGUUAUUUUUAUUUUUGAAUAUCCAUUAUUUACUGACUAGUCCAUCUUUCUGCCACUGAUUGUGAUGUCACUGCUGUCAUAUGUUGUCAUACGUGGGGGUCUGCUCCUGGGUUCUCCAGGCUCCUCCCUUUGUCCACUGAUGUACCCCUAUGUCAGUGGCACCCUGUCUUACUUACUGUGGUUGUUAGUAAACCCUGAUACCUUAUAGGUCAGCUCCUCCCACUCCUCUUAACCAUCAAAACCACUUCAACUCUUCCUGUUCCUUUACUCUUUCAUAUAAAUUGUUUAUUCAGUUUGUCAGAUUCCAGGAAAAGGCCAGUUAGUAUUUUUAUUGGACUUACGUUGAGUUGAGAGAUUAAUUUGGAAAGGACAGAUGUUUUACAUGUUUUAAUGAUAUUGAAUCUUGCUCUUCAUAAAAAUGGCAUGUCUUCAUUUACUUAUGUCUUUAAAUGUAUUUCAAUAAAACUGUAAAUUUUUUGCA